AUGUCUCUUAUCAUAGCCAGGGCCACUCCCCAAGCUCCCAGUCUCCCAGUAGUGACAGACCAGGCCAUAGUGACUCUGGCUACCAAUGAUGCUUACUGCAAGGGUGCCCUGGUUCUGUGCCAGUCUCUGAAACGCCACAACACCACGCGGCAGGUCGUCGUUCUGUUUACUCCGCAAAUCUCCAGCAGGAUGAGGUAUGCCCUCAGGAGUCUAUUUGACGAGGCCAUCGAGGUCAACGUACUGGACAGCAGGGACUCUGCUCACCUGGCCCUCUUAUCCAGGCCCGAGCUUGGUCUGACCUUCACCAAAAUACACUGCUGGUGCCUCGUGCAGUACUCCAAGUGUGUGUUCAUGGAUGCUGACAUGCUGGUGUGUCAAAACAUAGAUGACCUCUUUGAAAGGGAAGAGCUCUCUGCUGCUCCAGACGCUGGCUGGCCAGACUGCUUCAACAGUGGGCUAUUUGUGUACAAGCCUUCCAUCGAAACCUACAAUCGAUUACUGCAGUUUGCAGUGGAAAAUGGUAGUUUUGAUGGUGCAGAUCAAGGCUUGUUGAACAGUUUUUUCAGUGGCUGGUCUACGCAGGAUAUCCGCAAACACCUCCCAUUCAUUUACAACUUGGCUGGCAUUGCCUUGUACAGCUACCUCCCUGCCUUCAAGCGGUUUGGUGCUUCUGUCAAAGUGGUUCAUUUCUUGGGGCCGAUGAAACCGUGGCAUUACCGGUACAAUGACGCGACGAAGAGCGUGGUGCAGGAGAACAUGUCUCCCGCCGACAGCAUGUUUCUCGGCUUCCUGAACACGUGGUGGGACAUCUACACCACUUUCAUCUUGCCGCUGUUGGCCCAGGAGACUGGGGUGAUAGAAGUUGCUGAACAGCCUGAAGAGGAACGUUGUCGAGCCAGCUUGAGACGGCGAGUAGAUCUCGGCGCGAUCACAAGGAUGUCUUGGUCAAUCGAACCUACUGAGGCCUUUACUGCCGAGACUAUAAAUAUUGUCAUCUCAACUCGGGAAGUACUCAAACUUCCAAAAAUAGUUGUCCAGCCACCAGAUUCAUUCCAACUGCUUGAACCGAAAUUCUAUCUCCCACCAACUAGAAUUUGGCACCCGAUCAUGUCAAUAUUAAAAAGUCCCAGAAAGGCACACUGGAAGAUGCAAGCAGACACGGUGGAGCCAGGCACAUCGUCCUUUAAGAGAAAUUUACAUUUUGCACAUAAAGCUUCAAAUACUGUCCCAUCACCUAUACUGAUCCGUGAUAGUCAGUCCGGAAAGACAACGGUGAAGAUUGUACAUAGAAAAUCUAAGAAAGUCUUUCAAGUAGUUAAAUCAAGCAGAAGUAAAAUACGGAAAAGAAAAAAAGAUGACGCCUCUUCUGUGGCCAUAGGACAAAUAAUUACACGUAAAUAUUCAGAUAAAGUAAGCAGGCCACCUGAGCCGUAUGUCAAAGAGCCCAGUACGUCGUCUUUGAAGAUGCUAAAAGGUAUGGCUGCCUUUGAAGAUGAGCCAAUUAAAGAAAAAAGAGAUGUGACUAGCUCUGAAGAUGAGACUUCUAAAAAAGAAGAGAUCGCGUCCCUCAAGCAGAAGACAUUGAAAGAAGAAGAAAAGGAAAGCUCUUCCUCAUCUGAUCAGACUACGCAGGAUAUAGCAGAUGCGUUGUCGGAUCUCUCCCUCGAAGUGGCCCCCGCGGACUCCACCGAGGUGCAGGACCGACGCCGGUGGGAGGAAGGAAACGUUGACUAUAUGGGCCGGGACGCUUUCGUCAACAUUCAGAGGAAGUUGGACCAGUUUCUGAAGUAGUGCAUCGGAUGUCGAUGAAGGCUCUUCAGCGAAAGUGUUGUGAUGGGUUUUUUUUGCGUAUAUAUAUAUAUUACUGUGAAUGGCAGCUUAUUUGUGGCAAAUUUAAUGUUGCCCGUUUGGUAUUACACUGUAAAUAGAUUUUUGUUCCGGGUGAAUUUUUUUUUUUUUUUUUUUUACAUUCAUUAGUGGUAUUAAAAGAAAUCUUUAUAGAUCA